AUGGCCGUGGGUGUCGAGCCGUCGAGAGAUGGACACUACAACACAGCCGAAGGCAGAUACCGCUUGCCCACGUCGGAUCUGAUGGUGGAUCUGUCGUGCGUCUACCGAUGCCGAGAGCCGCCCCAACGUCGCUGCGGAAGGAGCAACACUGCACCCGAGCUGCCAUGCGAGCAACAGGUGAAACCUGCACCUGGCCUCCUGCAGCAACGAGAUUCGCAACGGCGACGCGGUCGGAUGGCCAAAAAAUCGCUCGCGCCCUCGCGUCUCGGACCUGCAGCAACGCAGCGCCAAACCGCCGAAAGCGCAUCCGCCCGUGAAAUUGUUCCGGCUCGACCCUUUGCCUGCACAGGCAGCUUUAGCCUUGCAUGGCUGCACUUUGCACGAGCACCUUUGCUCUUGACGCUGAACCUCGACCUGCUUCACGGCUCCGCCAAACUGCUUGUCGGAGUCGCUCCCGAAACCCCACCAACGCUUCUUCUCGCAUCCGUGCCGAGUUCGAUUUGGUGUCCCGUGGGAGCGGCGCGCUUCCUCGCCUCCGAACUCGAGUUCCCACAAGCCUUUACUUUCUCCACGACGCUUGACGCUGAGCAUCGCUCGGCCACCACACAAACAUUCGGGACUUUCUAUCUCAAGCGAGAACAGUGGAUCCGCAACGCGAAGGAGCACAGCAUCAACCCCUCGCCCAUCUAUCAAAUUCACACUGCCAGCGACGCAGCACGUCGCAAGCCUUGCAUCGCCAACAUGAAGGAGGCACGCGUCGUCAUUAUGGGAGGCGGAGGAGUCGGCAAGUCGGCGCUGACCGUGCAGUUCGUGCGCAACGUGUUCGUGAGCACGUACGACCCGACGAUCGAGGACACAUAUCGCAAAAUGCUCGUCAUCGACGGCCAGCAGUGCAUGGUUGAAAUCCUGGACACGGCAGGCACCGAGCAGUUUCUGGCGCUAAAGGAGCUCUACAUCAAGUCCGGACAGGGCUUCAUCCUCGUCUUCUCGCUCACGUCGCUAGCCAGCGUCAACGAGCUCGGCCCCCUGCGCGAGGCGAUCGUACGCAUCAAGGACACCACCGCCAUCCCGCUCGUGCUGGUUGGCAACAAGUCGGAUCUGCGCGCCGAUCGUCAGGUGCCCAGAGAGGUCGGCACCAGUCUUUCGAAAGCAUGGGGCAACGUCCCCUUCUACGAGGCGUCGGCGCGCAAGCGCAUCAAUGUCGACGAGAUCUUCGCCGACGUCGUGCGCCAGAUUCGCGCUUUUCAAGCCAUCAAUUCCAGACCAGGCACCCGACCGGGCACCUCCUCGGGCGCCUCGGGCAAGCACGGCUUUGGCGCCAACGGCUCUUCCUCCCAUUCCGGCUCCAAGGACUCCAAACUCGCAGGCAGCAGCUUUGGCACCUCUUCCAAAGCGCGCGAUCGCAAAAAGGGCGUGCGCCUCCACUAUGCGGCUGCAGGUGCAAAGCAGCCCAGCAGUGCAGCAGGACAACGCGUCAAUCGGGGCAGGAGUGAUCGAGGCGCACCCGGCCACAGUGUGGAAAAUGCACAGACGUUGACGAAGCUUCGGCCCACACCAACACUCCCUACUCCACACCCCAACGCACCAUCCCUUGUCGGACCCUCGCACUUCUCCAUCCGCCAUCGCCAUCGCAGAAUCAGAACGGACGGCGAAGACCGGAAAGGUGGCAUCAUGUCGCGAAGGUACGAUUCGCGCACGACGACCUUCUCGCCCGAGGGUCGUCUAUACCAGGUGGAAUAUGCGAUGGAGGCCAUCUCGCAUGCAGGCACGGUGAUUGGCAUUCUGGCCAAGGACGGCAUCGUGCUUGCCGCCGAGAAGAAGGUGACGUCCAAGCUGCUCGAGCAGGACCAGUCGUCAGAGAAGAUCUUUACCGUGUCGGACAACGUCAUGGCUGGAGUGGCGGGCUACACGGCCGAUGCCAACUCGCUCGUCAACUAUGCGCGCAAUGCGGCCCAGCAGCACCUGGCGAGCUACGACGACGACAUGCCCGUCGAGCAGCUUGCACAGCGUCUGUGUGACUACAAGCAGGGGUACACGCAGUUUGGUGGUCUGCGUCCAUUUGGUGUGUCGAUCCUGUACGCCGGAUACGACGACCACCACCACUUCCAGCUCUACCACUCGGAUCCCUCGGGCAACUACUCUGGCUGGAAGGCCACGUGCAUCGGCAACAACAACGGCACCGCAACCUCGCUGCUCAAGCAGGACUACAAGGAUGACAUUGGCAUCCAGGAUGCCAUGGCCAUGGCGGUCAAGAUUCUGAGCAAGACCAUGGACUCGACGUCGCUCGACAGCGAAAAGCUCGAGUUUGCCACGCUCACGCUCAACCCCACCACGCACAAGCCGCAGACCAACAUCUUCAAGCCCAACGACAUUGACCGUCUUCUUCAGAAGCACGGCCUCGCAAAGCCAAAGGAUGCAGAGGAGGCGGCCGCACAGGCCACAGCGAGCGGCACAGACUCGAGCGCCAUGGCCGUCGAUGCAUAG